UGACAAUCCAGGUGCCAUUGUUUCUUUUUCUUUUGAAGUGAUACCCUGGUUGUCAAUUAGAUUCGGAUUGUUCCAAUUGUCAAUAAAUACUUUGUAUCCAACAUUCACUGUCCGGAUGGAAGACGCCAUGUCAACGUCAAUCGAUACCGCUACCGCUACUGCGACCCCUAACCCUGCCAAUUCGCCCAGCGCGAAUGGUUUAUCGCCCCUGUCGUCGAAUGCUUUUCCCACAUCUAUGGCUCCGUCUGCGUCGCCGGCGCGGAAGCGCUCAAUAGGGGAUGUUGAUAUGGAUGGGGUUGUGAGGGACCAGAAUACGCAUACGACUACUGAUGUGGAAAUGAAUAUGGAUGGGGUCGUGGAUGUGAUCCCACACGCCGAUGAUAAGGGCUCGUCGGAAGAUAAUAAGGAGAAUCAAGAUACACGGACGAAACCAUGCGGUCCUGGCGAUGAGAAAUCUUCCGCCGGAUCUCUAUCUGCGUCUGGCUCAGGUACGGAUUCGGCUCCUCAUUCUGUUGCUGCGCCUACGGGUACGAAUGCGGCUGCAACUGCUUCUCCGGCUGCUAAGAAGAGGAAGUUGUCGCCUGCGAGCAAGGAGGCUAAGCAGCAGGAGAAGGAGGCCAAGGAGCGUCAAAAGUUAGAGGAGAAGGCGAAGAAGGAGGAAGAAAAGGCAAAGAAGGAGGGGGAGAAGAGGAAACGGGAGGCUGAGAAAGAGGAGGAGAAGCGGGCCAAAGAAGAGGAGAGAAAAAAGCGCGAAGCAGAGAAAGAAGAGGAGCGGAAGAAGAAGGAAGAGAAACGGAAGGCAAAGGAAGAGGAGAAGGCUGCUAAAGAAGAAGAGAAACGCAAGAAAGAUGAAGAGAAGUCGAAGAAAGAAAGGGCACAAAUGAAGCUGAACUCUUUCUUUGCGAAACCGAAAACCCCGGCACAGCCAUCAACAUCGAAUACUACCUCCUCCCCUAUCAAAUCGAAAUCAACCGGCGCUGGCGCUUCGACGGAAACCACUCCUGAUCUUGGAUCGACCGCAUCUGACUACCAACGAGAAUUCCCUGACUUCUUUCUCCAAUCACAUACUACUGUGGCGCCGCCGCAUAGGUUCCAGCGCGACCGUGAAUCACUACACCAUACGCAGGAGAAAGUCGAUGCCUACCUGAAAACUGCCAAUGAAGGCCUGCAAGCGCCUGUAAAAUUUCGUCCUUCCGACCUCUUUCAGAUCAUGCCCUAUAAGCGACGAUGUGGGAGGUUACCUGCGUCUGUUAAAGAGAUUCUGUUGCAGAUGCAGAGCCUAGCGGAACACCCGGAGCUGCGUGAAGCUGCCCAGAAGCCUCACGAUCUUCUUAAGCAGGUGAAAAUGAAAUCGCUCAGGUUCAAUGAAGACGUACGCCCCCCAUAUCAGGGAACCUAUAGCAGGAGCCUGCCGGUGUCAUCCGCUCGUCGCAUGAUGCGCAACCCUUUCCGCCGUGAACUACCAGAUACAGACUACGACUACGAUUCUGAAGCCGAAUGGGAAGAGCCCGAGGAAGGUGAGGACUUGGAUUCGGAGGAAGAGGAAGAAGGAAGCGAGGAUGGGGAAGAUGACAUGGAUGGCUUCCUGGACGACGAGGAUGACCACCCGCUUGAUGGGAAGCGCCGCCUCAUUGUCGGGGACCUAGAACCUGUCAGUACCGGCAUACGAUGGCAGGAGCAUGGCGUGGACCCCGAGCUGCAGGUGUACAGAAUGGAGACCAUUUCCGACUCGGUGACUUUCCCUAUUGACCCGUUCUCCACUGUGUACUGGCAGAAACCGAGGGCCGCGGAGCCAGCGCCGGCGGCCGGUCUAGGACGGUCGACGCUCCAUGCCUUCAUGGGCCAUACAUCCUCUCACAAAGUGCCCGGGAGUGGGCCAGCGCCGGACAGCGGCGCAGUGGCGGUUCUAACAACAGGGAGGACCAAGCGGACGUUGCCGCCGGAGCAGCUGGCGGAGUUCAAGCAGGUGGUAAAUGGCAGUGAUCUGACCAAGAUGGGGUUGAUUGAAAUCUUGAAGAAACGGUUCCCCAAGGUUUCGAAGGAUAGCCUGAAAGACACGCUGAACAGCGUGGCCACGCGGGUGGGACAGAAGGAGGCUGACAAAAAAUGGGUCUGUAACUAGAGAUGGACGGGGAUUGGCAGUUGGCCCGACGGACAACGCAUACCAGGAGACUGGCUACGGUUCCAAAUCUGUUAUCCACGGCGUUUGAGGAGAUCAGUCACAGGCGGGGUGUUUGGUCGGCCAAUUGAGCGGAUUGAUUGGUUCUUUGUGGAUGUACACCCUCCUCUUAUUUAUGUGUUCC